AGGCACAAAGAGACCUUGGCUCCAGCGCAGCCCGGCCCGGGCCAGCGCGCCCCGGGUCCGCGCAGCCGCGCCCCGGCCGGCCCGGGGUCCCUUCCAAGGCUCCCUGGAUAAUGGCCGGGACUCCACCGUCCCCCUCACUAGGGACUGCUGCUCACUCCAUCUGACCGCCCUCCAUCCCCUCCAUCUCCUCCCCGUUCCGGGCUCCCCCUGGGCUCCCAGCCCUCUCUCCAGUCCAUCCGUCUGUCUAUCAGCGCGCGCAACCUCCGGCCACCGGCUUGGAUGGACGCACCAGGGCUGCCGGGGCGUCCAGGGGUCUCGCUUCCGAAGUUGAUCCUGCUCUUUAUCUACGCAGACAAUUGUCUUGCUCAGUGCGGCAAAGACUGCAGAUCUUACUGCUGUGAUGGAACCACACCCUACUGUUGUUCCUACUAUGCUUAUAUUGGGAAUAUCCUCUCGGGCACUGCCAUCGCUGGCAUCGUGUUUGGAAUUGUAUUUAUCAUGGGGGUCAUCGCCGGAAUCGCCAUCUGCAUCUGUAUGUGCAUGAAAAACAACCGCGAGACCCGGGUGGGCAUUAUCAGGGCCGCCCACAUCGACGCCAUCUCUUCCUACCCUGUGGCACCACCCCCCUAUAGUUACAACCAUGAGAUGGAGUGCUCUGCAGACUUGCCUCCACCAUACUCCCCGACACUGCAGCCUUCAGCACAGCGUUCUCCACCUCCUCCUUAUCCUGGAAAUUCAAGGAAAUAAUUCUCCCAGUGCAGAAUACAUGCCCAUCAGUAAUCAGUAACGCCUCUACUUGGAAGCAGUUGGGAAAAGAUUACUCAGGUGUAUUUCAGGUGCAAUGUCAAGGCUAAGAGAUACAGGGUUUUUAUCCUGCUCAGAGCUGACCCCAACUGGAGUAUUAUGCUUGGUUCUCUGGGACCAUAUUUUAAGAGCUUUACUGGUCAACUUAAUUAAGCACAUUCAGAGAAGAGUAAAAUUGACAAAACAUCUGAGAAUCAUGCUGUUUAAGAAAUAGAUGAAGGAAACAGCAGUAUGGAUCCUCGGAAAGAGAAGACUUGUGUAGACAAGGGAGUGGCCUGGCAUACAGAACAACUUUAUUCUGUGUAGCUUUAAAAAUCAGAACCAGAAUUGUUCAAUCUUUCAUUAUCUCUCAAUGCAUUUGGAGUGCCUAAGAACCUUGUACUGUUUAAGGCAUUGACUGGAAGUCAAUGGGAGGGAACUUUGAUUUCAGCAUAAGAAAGAUCAUUUUAAUAAUUGGAACUUUCUCAAUGGUAAGAUUGCUUUGUGAAGCUCCCUGUUAUUAAGACUUUUCUGACAAAACCUGCCUGUCUCUGGUAGAGAAAAGCUCUAGAAGGGAUACCUAAACCAAGUAGUAGAGAGCCCAUUGGACCCUAAAAGUUCUGCUCAUGUUUUAGGUAAGGAUGAAAUGAAUUUCAUUGCCUCCAUGAUGAAAAUAACAGGAAUUGUUGAAUCUUAAUCAUUUAAUUUGAGAGUUAAAAUAGGCUAUGAAUGACUCAAAAGCUGCUUUAAGUCAAGAACCUUCAAUGCUAGCUACUGCCACCUAAAAAUUAUCUGACUAUUUCACGGAUAUGACCAAGGUUAAAAAAUUAUAUAAAUUUCCACGGGCAACAAACACUUUACUUCAGAGCAAAAGAUAUAAAACCAAAUAUUGCCACUAGAUUUUACUUCAGGAAGUAAAAUCUCAGAACUGGACCAUGAAGAAGAUAUAGAGCAGACUUGCAAAAAGAAGUAAGAAGGAAAAAUGAAGUUGAUUCUGUGGAAUUCCAUUCAAGUGUAGUUUUAGACCAAUUUUUCCUUCUCUUUUAUAACAUUUUGAUCUUCUAUUCCCUUGGAAAACAUAUAUAGUUAAGGGAAUGGUUAAUAUAUUGGCAUCAAAAAGUUACCUUUGAGCAAAAUGUAAAUCUUAUAAAGUGCCUAUCAUUAAGUAUAAAAGCUUUAAAAGUAAUUCUAAUGUGCCCUAUUUUGCUGCAAGUGACCUUAACAUUUAUAUUUUUAUUUGGGUUCUUUCAUGUAUUUAAAAAUUGUACAUUGAGCAAAUAUUGAGAAUAGAUGAGAUUUUUGUGCCAUUUUGCAAUUAAUUCUGAAAAGUUUAAUCCUGUAUCAUCACCAUAAUUCAAUGAAAUCCCAAACCAAUGCUAAGAAUUUUACAGAAUAAAACAAUCAAAAGAAAUAUCUUAAGAUAUAAAUUAUAGUUUCAUUGAUCUGAGUGAAAAUUGCCGGUGAGGUCUGAAGUCUACAUUUGUUUCGAACAACUUGCUGAUUUCUAGGCACUGAUGAUUUUCUUAAAUAGGAAGACAGAAAGCAUUCAAGACUUCCAGCCUCUUGUAGUGAAGGUCUUCCUUACUUAUAUAAGGAUUUUUGCACAAUUUUAACAAUACAUAUGCCUCACAAUUUUAACAGUACAUAUGUUUUAAUUUAUUUCUUAUCUACAAGUGUAAUCAGACCCAGUUAUGUUUCAGCUUUGCAACUCAAAGUGCCAAGGUCUCCCUGAUUUUGAGAAUGUUGGUUGUCAAUAUACCAUGUAUUCCUCAAGAAAAAUAGAGAGGAAAGGGCCACUGGAAGUCAAGUUCUCAUCAUCUUCACUGCCAAUAAACAUUUAUUGCAUACCUCCUGUGUUCUGCAAACACUGCCCGCAUAGGAGUCAGUGUAUUCCACACCAUCUCCCUUUUGAAUUGUUAUGGCCUCCCUUAAGGUAUAUCACAAAUCCAUAAUUCCACAGUAUAUGAGUAUUUUUACUAUGUAUAUGUAAUGUCACAAUAGCAAAAAGUGUACAUUAUCAGUGUAGACUUUUGGAGUUCACUGUACUCAUAGAUGAUGCUUCUUGGGGAAAAUAGUAUAUCAUGUGAAAGAUUUGGAUUAUGGUUAUUUAAAAACUAAUGUAUUUUCUGUGGCCAAAGUGCUUCCAAUAAGCAAUAAAAUGAAAGAGCCCAUUAUAACAAGGGUUAUAUUUUAA